AUGGAUGGAUGGGAAGAUAUCAGGCUAAAGGCUGUAUCUCAGGAGCAGCAGCAACAACACUUUCAUGAAAUUUUACAGUUUUUGUUUCACCUUUCCUGGAGCGGGUUUGCUUUGUUUGAGGAGAUGCUAGAGCCGACUUCACCUCAAUAUCAUAAUGAAGAACCUUGUAUAUCUGCAGACUUCGAAGUAGCAGGAGAACCUGCAGAUGAAGACUCUGAUAUGUUUCUGUCUCUGAGAGCAGUUCUCCCAGAUGCAACAGAUUUGUUUUUUCCAGGUCUUGUUCUUGGAGGGGUUUUACUAACAAGAUUUUUCUCUGCAGCUGAAGUUCCAUCAGAGGAAGAUUUCUCAUGUGAUGAUGAACUGUUUAGAGCAACUCCAGGGGCAGAUAUUUCCUUAAUGCCCGAUAAAUCACUUAAUUCUUUAUUUGGAGUAAAUUUACUGACAUUUAAAAGAGUUUUUGCUGAUUUUCUUGGGGUUGUUUUCACAGAUUUUCUUCCUCCAGACUUCUGCACAACUCGCUCACUUGACAAUAAUUUAAAAUUCAAUGGAGAAAGCUUCAAUGAGGAUAUAUUUGUCUUGGUAGGUGUAGGCUUUUCAAAUGAAUCUCUUGGAGUUGUUUUCCCAACAUACAACUCGUUUUCACUGACAGGUGUGCCCUUACUUCUCGAUGAUCUGCCUUCUCUCAUUGCAGCAAGUUUACCAGCGGAAACUCUAAUGUCUUUAACCAAAACCAUUCUAGGAAAGGUGUCUUUGGGAGUAACAGCUUUUGGUUGGGGUGUUUGUUUCCUAUUUGGAGUAGAAGAUUUUCGACCGAUCUUUGGCGAUUUCCUUUCAGGAGAUGGAAUGUUCUUGGGGGAAGCAGCUUUUUCGUGGGGUGUUGGUUUGCCCUUGGGAGAAGCAGCUUUUUGUUGGGGCGUUGCUUUGCCCUUGGGAGAAGCAGCUUUUUUGUUGGGGCAUUGCUUUGCCGUUGGGAUAUUAAGUAGCCUACAGUAUAAGAGAACUCAGGCCCCUAGAAUACCUCAAAAUAAGAUUUUAUGGGGCAUUGAACCACCAAAUCUAAGCAAUGUACAAUGGAUGAGUGAGAAAAAAAGGACUUUAUGUGCUCCAUGUUCCCAUGCUGACUUGAAACAUUUUAAUCUUUUCCCUCUUACACAACGUUUGGAUACAAAGAAUGCCUGGCAACACCAGGGGUUGGAUGUUAUUACUUGUCCCUCACGCUUGUUCGAGGUAUUGGAGCCAUCUUAAAAGAGUUGUGUUGUGUAUGGUCCAGAAGUGCCGGCAAAUUACAUAGUUGCGGUCACGUCAGUACGCGGAUAUUGAAGAAGUAAACAACACCUGGCAGCUUAACUUAUUGAAAUAUCAUCUUACCAAGACCCAUUGUGAAUUGAAAACACGUGUGAUACGAUAUGCAGCAGCAAGAGCAAGGGGCAGAGCGAUGUGACACUCAAGAAAACUCAUGUCCGGAAUCUCAAGAUGCUACAUCAGAUGAGGUAGCACCAGAUGUCACCUCUUCUCAUGAAGAAGGAAAUGAUAGCAAAGAAUCAGAACUGGAAACACCUGCCACUACUCCUGACGAAGUUGAUGGAGAGAAUGGCAUUAAUGAUGGGGCUUCCUCUGAUCCACCUUCUUCUAGAUCAAAAACUUCUCGAAGUGCAAAGAAAAGACACAAUAAAAUAGACAAAGGUGACAUUGAGACAGUUGAGAAUGCUAUAUCAGAGGGUAAACAUGACAAUGGAUUUUCAGAAUCCAACAUUACUGCUGAAGAGGAAUCAACACCCAUUAAUGAAGUAACAAAGGAUGAGGAAGAUGAUGUGCAAGAUAUUGUUGUUGAAGAAGAAGAUGAGACAAUUGUCCUUCAGACUUCUUGUGAGUCAAGUCAUGCAGAAUAUACUGUAGAAUUUCCCUUAGAAGAUGAGAAUAAAGAAGAAACGCAACAUCUUGUAGUGGAGGAGGAGGAAGAAAUUUCUAUAUCUACUUCUGUUUUGUGUGAAGAUAUUGAUGAAUCAGAGAGUAAAUGCUCAGAAGCCUCUGAAAAGUAUUUACUUACUCUUAGCAGUAGUGAAGUACACCAAUUCACACCCAUCUUUGAUGGCCAAGAAAAUACAUCUAUUUCUGAGAAUUUGUCUGUGUCUGUGAGGUCAUUGGGAGGGGGAAUAAGGUCAAUAUCAGCACGCAAGCCUAUGCGUAAAUCUUCACACUUUGUAAUGCAUGGAAGAUCAUCCGUUAGUACUGAGAGGGCAGGAACUGAUGGAAAUUAUAGCGAUACAGAUUGUUCUGUAGACACGACAGAAGGAAGUACGGUUUCUUCUCAGAAAAGGAAAGCAUGCGAUGUGGAUACAAUAAAUUCAAAAAAGCAAAAGUUAAACGAUUCAAAAAAUUCCAAAUUUUUUUCAAUGGUUUCAUCACCCUUACGAAUGUUAAAAAGUAAAUUAAGUGAUAGGAUAGUUGAGAGCUUGAAUGCCCCUUGCACCGAUGACCUUGCAAAUGGUAACAAUGAAAAUGAGGAAGAUGACAAUGUUACAACUGAUAAAAUUAAUGUAGAAGGGAAUGAAAUAAAGGAGAAAAGUCUGUGUGUGGUGUCCAAUGAAGUUACCAAUCAGAACUCCUUGUAUCGAAGUUGGUGUAGCAUUAUGUAAUUGUAUGCAUUGAAUAAGGAAAUCCUGAGGAUAUACAAAGAAAAAAUAUUAAUUACAAUUAUCAAUAAUUGUAUAAUAGUCAUAUGACGAUCUAUCUAGAUAUUUUAUGUACUAGGAAGAAAAAUUUUUACAAAAAUAAUUCAGUAUCCAUACUGCUAAGAUGGUUUACCAUAUUCCAUUUGUACAAAUUGUAUUAUAAGACUUUCCUUGGAUUUGUAUUUUAUUUUACAUGCUAUUGGGAAUUCCUCCCACUUGUAUCACCAGGUGUGUUCAAUACCCCAAUUUUAUUCGUACAGCUCAAUUAUCCUAGAUACUGUGCCAGAGGGAAGGGCUAGGUUAUGCUGUGAUCUAAUUCGGAGGUAAAUGCUCUUGUUAGGAUAAUUUUGAAAGCUAAUCAGAAAAGGGAAAGGUUUGUUUUAAACAUCUUUGUGCUAGUGAUAAAUAACGCAUUGUUACCACUUAUUAUUUUGGAAUUGCAUCCAGCAAAUUUAUUCAAGAUGGCAAAUUAGAAUUAUCUGGUAAUAAUCAUCUUAGACUAUCCCUUUCCAUAAUUGUUUUGAGAGCAACAGAUUAAAGUGAGAGGGCUUUUAAUUUUUAAUAAAUUACUGCUGUGUUAGAAUGUGUAGUAUUAUAAAUAGUUCAGUUAGAACUUUUAUAGAUUUUCGUUACAGCAGAAUGGCUUGAUAUCUAGGGUGAGCUAACCAAUGUUACUUGUAGAUAUUUGAGAGUUUCAUUCUACAAGAUGUGUGUUUGCCAAGUGAAUUCUUCCGUAUUGAUAAAAUACUACAAAUUGCAGCUGUUGAUCCUGUGGGAAGUUCCUUUUAUUCCUAUUUCAUUGAUAUGUUAUCAAUUUAUAUAAUUUGUUGAUAGCCGUUCAUUCAUUUAUAAUUGGCCAUCAAAGCAGCAUACUGUUUUGUUUACAGUUUCAUGAUAGUAUUUGCCUUUUACACAUAUUUUUGUAUUUGUUUUAUAAUUUUUAUAUAGCUUUGUUCUCUUGCCUUGCUUUGUGUCAUUUCUAAUUUUGUAUUGUACUCAUAGUUUGCAAAAGUUUCUUGUAAACAUUAUUACAUUCAUAAAUGUAUGUCAAAGCCCUAAGUGUUUGCUCACGUCCCCCUUCAUUGUAUUGCUCAAUUAUCUUUUAGAUGUAGUAUAAUUUUUCUCUUGUAUUCAGAAAUGAUCAAAUGAAUUUUUAAAACAUUCCUCUGUUGCUCAUCUUCUGUUCAGUAUUAGAAGGGUUUGGAUAGAACAAUUUUGUCUGCUUUGCUAUUAGUUUUCAUGGGCCAUAGUUAGUAUAGAUGACAAGUUUACAAGAAACUUUCGAGAUAUGUUUAUAAGAAUCUCAAAAACUAUUGUGAUAUAUUUUUAAAAGACUGUCUAGAUUGUCUUGUGAUUUGGUUUGUUGUAUAGCUUAAAAAUAAAUUUGACACUUUUGGCAAUCUGUUUUAACUCCCUUAACAAAAAUCCUUGACAUUUAUUUACAUAUAUAAAUAAACUAGUGUGAAAAACAAAUGGUUCCAUGUAGUGCUAUUUGGAGAUACAAUAGUUCCA